AUGCAAAUCAGCCCGGGGAAUACGGAGGGCCAACAUCUUCUCCCUUCGCCAGACUCUCACGUCGGUGAUGUGGACACGCGAAGUCCCCUGUCGACCACUCACCCGAGACCACCCAGUAGCAAUGGGGUCCUUGGUCUAGAACCCAAAGUCCACACUUUGGAGGAUGGGAAGAACCUAACAGCACAUUGCAUGGGACUGGCAGCGGAGCAGGAUACUCAUCUCCUUGCAUCCUUUCGAUCCGUCAUCAUCAACGAGACGAAUCGCGUUGACGGCGACAUCAUUCAAGUCUACGCCGGCAAUCCUGCCACUGGAACACCACCCCUUCACUUCUCCAUACUGAGGGACUGGUUUAUGCCAUACGACAAUAGAAUCAAGGAGGAAUCCUCACGAGAAAUCGAAUUCAAGGUGGGAACGUAUGGACCCAGUCUUGUCCGUCUCUAUUUCAAACAUGUCCACCCUGUCUACUGUGUCGUAUCCAAAGUCCGUUUCCUUCGAGCCUACAAGGAGGACAGGCUGAGCAUUCCGGCAUCCCUCCGAGGAGUUGUCUAUGGAAUGGGUGCGGUCUACUGGAAACAAGACCCCAUACUGAGGACACUCCAUCGCCCGUUUGAACAAUACGAAUUGUUCCACGCCGCCCAAGCUUCGCUGGAGAGGGAGCUCGACGCACCAAACCUCUGGAAGUUACAAGCCUGCCUCUUGAUGAUUCACGAGAAGGCGGCCGGUAAUGGCACGUUUGAGACUCCACGGACCUGGACUCUAUCAGCACAAGCCGUGGCGUGUGCCCAGAUGAUAGGUCUUCACCGCGACCCGACCCAUUGGAAAAUCCCUCAGUGGGAGAAGAGUCUGAGGAAGAAGUUGUGGUGGGCCACGUUCGUAACGGAUAUGUGGGCAUCAGUGAGCCAUGGAAAUCCCUCUCUGAUUCACUCCACAUCAUACACCACUUCAAAUUUGGACAUGGAUGACUUGAGAUUCGAUGAGGAUAUUCCCGAUGAUCUUAAAGAUAUGGUUGACGUCGCAAGUGAAAGGUUUGAUAUUUCAACAGCCGCACGGUUCCUCGAGCUUGUGAAGCUUACCCAAAUACUCCACACUCUUCUGGACGCUGCGUUUUCCGAUCACGCAUACCGAGUCGCGAUGACGGACCUUGCGAGUCAAGAAACCCGACUCUUGAAGAUUCAGAGAGAACUUGAGUCCUGGCAUUCGCUGAUGCCAGUGUGUGUCACCAUGAACUACAACACAGCCACAUCCGAGUUCCGUAACAAUGCACCACUCCAUCUUGCCUACUUUGCAACUCAAGUCCUCCUCUUCCGAGCUCUGAUGACACCAGCCUCGAUGGCCGCCAAAAACAACCCGCUGUCAUCCCUAAGACGGUUUUUUGGCGCAGCCAUAGAGCAACUUCGCGCAUUCAUAGCUUUCAUGAACGAGAUAACACUCGAGGUUCUGCGAGCAUUCUGGGGCCGACAUGGUCGAUCGCAGUUGAUCCUCAUUGGCAAUUUCUUGAUACAUCUAUUCCUUCUAUCCACCAGUCCAGAGCAAGUUUCCGGCACAUUUCGGCUGCUGGAACAAUUCCAUGAAUCCCUUCAGAGGAUAGGUGAACUCGUCGACGAGGAAUCCGUGAAUCUCAUCAGGCCUGUAGCGCUCAGAAUUGACUCUUUCUUCACCCAGGCGGCGCAGAUUAUGAGGCGAGGCGUGACAAGGGAUUCUUUCUCGGAGGUGACGAUGGUGGAGACGCCUCCUUAG